CGAGUGGCCUGAUUUCUCCCAUUCGCAUAUCCUAGUACACGGUUCGAUAGUCAAGAUGCAGUUCUUCGCGAAGCUUGUCGUCCUCCUCUCGGCCUGCCACCUCGCCGUCGCGGCCACCGAGAAGCCGGCCGCCCAACUCGAGGUCCGCCAGACAACAACCACCACCACCGGCGCCGACCCAUGCCUCGACUACGGCAUGACGGCGAACAUGUCCGUCGUUGGCGCAAAUAGCUCCUACCGCUCCGUUUUCCUCGCAAAGUCGAACGUUGGCACCAUCUACAACGCCCGAAUGUUCUCCGCCGCUAUCGCGAAGCUGCCCGCUCUUACCGCGAACACAGCCCUCAACAACCAAUGCGGCAACCUCACCCAGGUUGCGCUCACCGAGGCCGAGAAGAACCUUACACAGGGUAUUGUCGCACAGUUUACAACGGCGGGAUUGCCGGUUGGGAUUAAGGCUGGUCCGGAGGUGGUUGUGAUUGUCGCCGCGAUAUGCGCCAUCUUUUCGUGGGUCUGGGUCUUCAGCGGAUAGAUGCUUGGAUACUGUCGGAGAGGGUCUGACGGCCAGCGGUUGGACCCGUUGAGGCUUUGUCAAGAAUUCAGAAAGCCUGCUCAUGGGACACUGAGGGAGUAGGGCCAGCAUCAAGGUCGAUUUUGAACUUUUGUUUGGACGGCACCGGCGCGUGUAUUUUGCGAUCAUAUAUCCUCGGAGGCAUGUCCCUAGCAUGGAGAGCUUCCCAUUCAUCAUCAAUUCACCACUGUAUUUGAUGCCCGACUGCAAACGCACCAAGGGUCCGAGAUCAUGUGUGAUAGUGGUCCUCUCUCUUCCUCCUAGAGCUCCCGAGGUCCAUGAAUUUGACCAUUACACACGAGGCCAAGGACGAACCUACGCCGAAGCCCGGUCAUA